AUGCACGACACGAACUUUUAUGCUAGGGCCGUUUGGAACAGCUGCAUCUUGAAUACCUUAAGCUAUUUAUACAAAUACCACCUUAUCCCAGCCGAGUCAGAAGAAAGUUUUCAGGGUUCCUUGAGGAACCCCGUAUUCUUAAAAUGGCUUGCUAUGGAAUCUCACGGGAGGUUUGUUUUGGAUGUCAGGUACUGGAGCAAGUUUCCAGGCAAUUUAGAAGAAGUCGAGUUCCUCCAAAACCAUCCACUGCUUUCAUCUGUUGCGGAAAUUUUCAAUGGGCUCGGAAGGAGAGAACAAGAUUUUGUUGGGUUUUACCGUCUCAAAUUUGUUCUUGAAUCUUGCUAUGAGUGGACACUCGCUUAUGACGGAAUGGAUCCCAAUAAAUUCCCAAUCCAAGCACAAUGGCAUCUGAACUUCCUAAAAAAGAUGGAAAAAAUUGUCUCCAAAGAGCUUCAAGGUCAACUCACCCAAAGCCAGUAUGAUGAAGAGUUGGCGAGUGGAUUCCUAGAAGUCAAAGACGAUCUGAUGAACUUGAAGAAUUUCUUGAUUAGACCAGUUAUCAGCCCGAAAUAUCCGGAACAGUGGAUAUUGCAAUUCCUCAGGUUUUCAUUUGACAUCUUAGACUAUGCCCAAAAGAAGUACGGGGCCAAGUUUACCGAACAACUCGGAUUGAAUGACCGCAUGGAUCCGAGCACGUUACAAUACAAAAGAAGCUUUGAAUUCAUGAAAGCAACCAGAAAGCUCAAUGUGUGGAUGGCGAUUGCGACAGGUCACACUUAUUUCGUCUUGACCCAGCUCAAAUACCACGGGCGAUUUGUACCAUAUGCGUGGUCGGAAGCCAAUUUCUUUUGGAACAAACUGCUGCAAUCAGCCGAUGCAUACGAGAAAACCUUAGUUCGCGGAUUUUCAGAAGAUCGUGCAUGGAAAGAGUUAAUUUCAACCAAUGAAGUCUUUGAUCUUACUAAAGCCGCCUGGGACCAUGAAAUUGAUUUGCAUAUGAGGAUCUACCAGACUUUCAAAAAAAUUGCAUCCGAAAAAAUCACCGGCAAUGAUAUCGAUAAGCUGGAAAUGGAGCUUUGUGAGAAGCAGAAGUUUUGA